CAGUUGUGUAAACACUAGGUAGUAUUAGGAAAAUAUUAUGGAUAAGAGCUUUAAGGAAGAAAAGUUUACAGGAUUUACUAAAUUUACACCUCCUUUGUACAGACAACGCUACCAGUUUGUUAAAGAUUUAGUGGGGAAAUACAAACCUAAGAAGGUGGCAGAUUUAGGAUGUGCUGACUGCGCACUUCUUUGUAUGCUGAAAUUCUGCAGUUGCAUUGAAGUGUUAGCUGGGGUAGAUAUCUGUGGAAGUGUAAUGAAAGAGAAAAUGCAUAGGUUGUUUCCUCUUCCUGGUGAUUAUUUGCAACCACGUGAAAGAUCCCUAACUGUUACCUUGCAUUGUGGUUCAGUUGCCCAUAAAGAUCCUUGCAUGCUUGGUUUUGACUUGGUAACGUGCAUUGAACUAAUAGAGCACCUGGAAGAACCGGAACUGAAGAAGUUUCCUGAAGUGGUGUUUGGUUUCAUGGCUCCAAGCAGGGUUGUUAUCAGUACUCCAAAUUCUGAAUUCAACACUUUACUUCCACGAGUGAAGUUAUUCAGAGAUCCAGACCACAAAUUUGAAUGGACACAGUUGCAGUUUCAAAGCUGGGCUCUAGAGACUGCUAGACGCCAUGGCUACUUGGUGGAAUUUACUGGUGUGGGGCACCCACCAAGAGGAAUGGAGUAUGUUGGGUUUUGUACUCAAAUAGGUGUGUUUGUUAAAAAAUGUCCUCAAACCAGUGUAUCCACUCAGUCUGAGAAACCCACUGAAACUGUUUACAAAACAGUCUUCAAAGCAGUGUAUCCAAGUCUUGAGGAUGAGAAGUACCUGCAGAAUGCAGUGGUUGGAGAAGUUAUUUUCACAGCACAAAUCAUUAAGCAAAGUCUGCUGAACUGUUUAAUGUCGGAACAUGGGGAGUAUAAUGAUGAUCCUACUGAGAGAAAAUCCAAAUUCCAGCCUUCAGUGAACUGCUUCUCAGAAGAUCUUGGAAAACUGGCUGUUGAAAAAAGCAUGGAAUCAUUUGUCAGUGGAAAUGUGGUUUAUAUACCUCUUGCAACAAUCUUUUCUUUUCCCAGAGUAAAUCAACUUUGUGGUACCUUUGAGAGGUUAAGCAAGCUUGUUGCUGGCCAGGUCACAUUGAGCAGUGACGGCUCUGCUGUAAUGCUCAAUACUGAAUAUGAAGAUAGUUAAAUCACAAACUUCUCAUGAAGUUGUUAAAAUAAUGAAAUAUUUUUUAACUGUCAGUGAAACGGUGUGUUUUGUAUGUGAACUAAAACCAAAAAAUCUUUUAUAAACUUUCCAGUAUUCAUCCAUCAGCACCUCUCUCAUGUAGUGGAGUGCUUUUGACAAAGAUCACAGUAACUCAUGAGGUUUUCAAGUAGAGCAUCAGGCUAAAAUUGGGGAAUUAACUCCUGUGAAGAAAAAGUUUAAGUAUUUCUCCUUGUUUUCUAUUAUCGUAUUGUAGCUGUCAUGACUAGAUUGGUUUUGAUAAUCUUUUGUUAGUUCUAAGCAUAGUUAAUAACACAAUUAUAUUGUUGUGCUGAAUAAUACAACUUGGACGUAGGUUUAAGGCAAGUUUUUCCUGAAUAAGAUAUAAUUUUUAGAUGCUGCUUUCAAGAUAAGCCCAUACUUGGCCUUUGUGAAAACCAGAUACUGUUCUGAUAAAUUGGAAUAUGCUGCAAAUGCUUCUUGUUCAGUAAAUUGCAUACUUGGGAAGAGUACCAUGAUGUUGGAUGUAAGGUUGGAAUAAAAGGUAGAUUUAGCCCUGUUGUUUUAUCCAGGUUCUUAGUAACUGCUCCUUGGGAAAUAACUGGCAUCAUGUAGCUUUCCAGAAGCUGAAAUUAAUUUAUUUGAAACUGGUAUCUUUGACUACUCUCUUUAAAAAGAAAACAAAAAAGAAAACCCAACCAAAAAGUUCUGUCACUGUGAAUGCUGACCUGGCCCCUUUGCACUUGGAAAAAUUUUCUAUUUCCUCAUAUAGCUGUUGUCUAAAAAAGUCUUAAUAAAUUCAGCAGACAUGAAAGGCAGACAUGUUAGAAAUAGUUGAGCUUACUGGCUUGGCUAAGGUGACUUAAGUAGAGCUGAACUGCAUGUGUAAUACACAGCGAGCAAAUGUUAGAUGAUGGACUUGUGCAUCCUUCAAAAUUUGUGUCUUCCUAAGAUUGGCUUUUUCAUACAGGAAGCAAAGCACUGCAGUUCUUAAGCUUCUUUGGAUACCCAGAUUUUUUCACCAGUAAUUUUAAUACCUCUACUUAGUCUUUCUUAUGAGUAAAGAGAUGGUUAACUUAAAAGGCCUUAUUUUGUGCACGCUUCACAAUGUCAUUGGCAGCUUGGAAUGAGCUGCUGUUAUCAGAACUGGUUCCACGUUUAUGAAACAUGCAAGUUUCACAACUUCCUGAAAACAAAUUCUGUGUAAGGGCUGUUUCUUGAAUAUAGGUGCAUUCUACCUUCUCAGUUUUUUAAUUUCUUUCUCAUCAUUAAGGAAAAGGUUAGACAUAAAGGGAAAAGGCACCUGUAAUUCUCUGAGUUGAGAAAUGGUACAGAAUCUGUAAUAGGUUGAGAAUCAGGGAAAGA